AUGUAUUCGUAUCCACCGCCGUAUUCACCGUACGGCCCACACCCACCUCCACCUUCUCCGUCGCCGCAGCCGUCCUCGUAUCCCCCCUCUUACCCGCCGUCUCCGGCCCCUGAUGUCGCACUCCCACCGUCGCCAGAUUACCACGACCCAGCAGCUCCGCCGCCGACCUCGUACCCCGGCAGCGUCGCCCCGCCUGACGUUCCUCCGACACCCUACUACGACCCAAUUACUCCGCCGCCGACCUCGUACUACCCUGAUGAUGUCCCGACACCGUACUAUCCUGGCUCCGACAACACCACCGCCUACACGCCGGCGCCGGGGGGCUCGCACGGGCACCACCACGUCCUCGUGGCGGUGUUGGUCCCGAUCGCCGGGCUGCUCCUCCUCGGGCUGCUCGCGGGGCUCUGCUUCAUGCUCGUGCGGCGGAGGCGGAGGCGGAGGGAGCCGCAGCCCGAGUGCCCGCCGGAGGAGGAGGAGGAGGAGGAGGAGGCCACGUAUGUGGAGGUCUCUGAGCACGUGGUGCGCGUGCAGGAGCAGGUCGUGGUCGGGCCGGAGGGCGAGGUGGUGGUGAUCGACGUCGUGGACGAGGUCGUGGAAGUGAGGCACGAGCACGCCGGCGGCGGCGUCAGGCACGCGCACGGAGACAUACAUGCACGGUCGGGUUAA